AUGGAGGACCAAGUCAUUGAUCGCGCGUCCCAACUUCUUUCCAAUGAUCCUAGGACCCUGCAACAAGCACACGUAGCUCUCGAAUCAACCAAGGCGAACAACCCCAUUGGCCACACAUUCUUCCCAAGAUUGGUUCAAGAACUAGCAGUCUACCAGCAAGGGGCUGUUGUGAAGAAGUUGAUGAGUCAGGCGCUUGGCCAGAGCAGCCCAACAAGGGCUGAAACUUCGGAAAGCGUCAACGAUGCCUUCAGGCGCUCUACCAUUGCAGAGAGCGGAACAGAACUUGCUCAAGCGUCCUUGUUCGCCCUCGUCAGCCUCUCUUCGAGCAAGGCCUUUGCGCUCUUCUGUCAGGACAAUCUGGGGGUUAGCGAGGAGCUUCUGUGCUUCUUUUUGGAGAACCUCAAGGCUGCAAGGGCUUCUACAGCUGUUGAAGAUCUUUUCAACACCGCCGACUACGGAGCGGACCGUGGCCAUCUUGCGGCUGCCUGCCUUGAUGGACUAAUCUACCACGCGCGCGCUUCGGAGAAAUUCCGUCAGCACAUCCGUGGGCAUGCGAGAGUGCUUCCCGCCGUCCUGUCUCUCUUCGAGGACGACACCAUCAAGCAAAUGAGUAAUGAGGUCCUCGUAAGUGUCAGGCAAGGAGUGACAAGUCUGGUUCUGGCCCUUGCUCUUCCAAAGGACAGCCAAGAGUGGAUGAUUGAGCAAGGGUACCUCCGGCUCUUGGGAAGUAUCUGUGGCUCCGGCAUCAGAAGACGCUUUGACGAUGGAGACAAGUGUCCGGGCGGUUGUCUGUUCGUCAUCCUUCGUUUGGUGGAAAAUUCAGCCCUUGUUAGGAAAAUGAGAGAAGCAAGAGUGCUGUCUAUCUUCGACCCUUACUCAAGAUCGGUCGACUCAGCAUUGCCUGGGGUUUGGCAAGUCGUCAAAGAACUGCUCGAUGACAGAUGUAGGAUUUCCCGAGCCAAGGUGCCGAAACCUGCAAUUUGGAGCCAGGCUGUCAAGCGAAUGCAUGAUGUAGAUGUGCCAACGGUCUGUUCGUGGGAAGGUUGCUCUGAGGGAGAGGACCAAGCUUCGGAACUGCUCGGCGAAAUCGAUCUCGAGAAGUACUUGACGGAGACGAGGAGGAAAAAGUUCAGCAGAUGUGGGCGCUGCGCGGCUGCGUACUACUGCAGCUCCGGGUGCGGUCCAGUCAGAGCCAGCUGCAGGAGGUGA